UCUUACUCACUGCCCCUGUUCCCCGAAAAGAAGAAAACCAACCCGGAUUUGGAGCUCAAAUCCAAGCCAAACACUUCACCUUAAAAUUGCUUCCUUUCCUGCUCCCACUCUUCUCCUUCCCCUCCAUGUCACUACUUCCCUUUCAUGUUCUCCUUCCUGCACCCACCUCUGCCCUCCUUGCAUCCGUUCCCUUGUAGCGGAGUCGAGAGUGGUUGAGGAGAUGGACUUUGGUGGGGUGGUGGAUAUGGAUAUGCUAGUGGCUGCGUCGUCUGAUGCUGGUGGUGUCUACUCAUCUUCCAUGACCUCCUCCGACACUGAACUCAGCAGGCAAAGAGUGCUCUCGGGAUCUUCUUUACAGAAGAAUGAGACCUCACCAGAAGCCGAGGACCAUGACAUGAGAUGCCUCAAGCUGGCUCGAACCGAGCCUAAGGUGGCACCGACUGCAAAGGUGGCUCCUUUCCUCGUCCCCAGCUACCCCUACCUCUUCCCUGAUGGAGCGCAAAUGCUCAGUUUCUCCUCAACAUUCAAGCAAGAAGCAAUGGGGCUGAGCCUGGAUGGGACGUUGCCUUACCAACACCACCGGUCGGCGCCCACUUCAACACCCUCUUGUCUCAGGAAUGCAGGCUUGUGUUCAGGGAGCUUUGAUGUGAACAUGAAUGAAGUUUUGGCGAGGGUGAGGUGGCCAUUCACUCCAACGCAGUGGCUGGAGCUCGAACGCCAGGCUUUGAUCUACAAACACAUUGUUGCAAAUGUGGCCAUACCACCCAGCCUGUUCAUCCCUUUUAGAACAAGUCUCAGCACUUUUGGGUUUUCUUCCCUUCCAGUUGGAUCCUUUGGCUCAAGCACAUCAGUUGGAUGGGGGUUGUACCAUCAAGGAUACUCGGGAAAUGAUGAUCCAGAACCUGGUAGAUGCCGUCGAACUGAUGGGAAAAAAUGGCGAUGCUCAAGGGAAGCUGUUGCUGACCAGAAGUACUGUGAGCGGCACAUCAAUCGGGGCCGCCAUCGUUCAAGAAAGCAUGUGGAAGGCCGCACUAGCCAUGCCAUGAAAGCAAUACCUUCCUUAGCACCUUCACAAUCUGUUUCUGCUAAUCAAAGUGGUGGAAUAUCCGGUAAACUCACCACUUCACAGCAUCAAACUGAAAGUCUGCAAACAAACAUGACCAAUUGCUGCCCUGCACAGUUUGACAGCAUCACAAUGAGCAAUGGAAAUGUAAAUGGACGUACACAGAAUUCCAAAGACCUUUCCAUGCUAGAUUCUUUUAAUUCAAGAAGCAUGAGUAAUUUAUUUCCAGUAUCAGAAGAACAUGAUCCCUUUAAAGGAUCCUCAUCUGAAACAGAACUUGGGCACAUUUCCAUGGAUUCCCUUUUGAAACCUCAGAGCAGUUCCUUCUCUGAUAAUAUCAGCUAUAUCACCAUCCCAAUGCUCAACAACCAGCAGACCGAAACCCAUCCCCUUCGACCCUUCACUGAUGACUGGCCCAGGAACCAGUCUGAUCAUUCAAAUAUCUCGCGGUCUGAGGAAUAUGAUACAAUUGAUGUGGGUCUAGGAGCAGCUGCACCAAGUGAAGCAAGCAAUUGUCAGCCAGGUUGGUUGCCAAUCUCCUGGGAGUCUUCCUUGGCUGGACCUCUAGGAGAGGUCCUAAACAAUAACACUAGCAAUGUGGAUGACCAAUGCAGAAACCUGCUGUCAUCAUCUGUAAAUUUCUUGACUGAUAGCUGUGGUUUGCACACUUGGUUGGAGUCCUCUCCAACCGGCAUCCUACAGAAAACUUCAUUUUGUUCAGUGUCGAGCAGCACCAGGAGUAGCCCCAGGGUGGAGAACCACAAGUCUCAUGAAAGCAAUGGCAGCAUGUGUGAUGAUACUUUUGGCUCAACCAAGUGAUGCUGUUCAUGUACAGGAAUUCACAGCAUCUUCCUACAGGCAUGUGGAACUCUUACCAAUGAGUUAGGAGUUGUUUCUGCACCCUGACAGCCCAACAGCAGGAUCUCCUGCCUCUGCUUUUGGUGCUGCCUUAGCAAUCUUCUGCUUGAAAAAGUACUGCUAUGCAUUGGUUCAACUGCUACAGAAUCAUAAAAGUGCAUCUUGAACAGAUGUGAAGAUGGAGGAAUGAGGAAUCCCUCCCCUCAGUAGACGCCCUUUGUGAUGAUUUCUUCUACAGUGGACAACUGUGAAGUGGUAGUGCCUUUACUGUGGAGGAGCAACUAAAGCUCUUGCAGAUGAUGAUGCCAUAUCCACAAGCAAUAAAUGGCAACAAAAGAUGCUUCAACUGUGUAUAUGUACUCUCUUGUCUCUUGCAUGCUGCAUGUACAUGCUGCUGGAAAUGUGACACAACAGUCC